UUCUGGGUUUGAAUUUUGGGUCCUACACAUCCCAGCUGACCGGUUGCUGCUUCAUUAAAAAAAAAAAAAAAGAAAAAAAGAAGAAAACUUGGGAUAUGAGUUUUGACAGACGUGUGGAUCUGAGCAACGGCCUCGAACACGUCCCCGUUCUAAUCGAGCGGAGUUCCACCGUGAUGACGUUUCCUGAAUUCCAGUAUUCCCCAGAUAACAUUCAGGGACCAGGCUGCAGCACUGACCCCAGUGAGGUCACCCUUCCUGGAUGCUCCUGCCGGUCCCCCUCCUGCUGCACCGAGGACUGCUCCUGCCUGCAGACACAUGGCCGUGGGUACGACAUCAAUGGCACACUGCUUAACCUCAACCAAACAGACUCUGGUUACUGCUCGCCUGUGUUUGAGUGUAAUGCCCUCUGCACCUGCAGCGAUGCCUGCUCUAACCGGGUGGUGCAGGUAGGGGUGAGGCUCCGGUUGGAGGUUUGCAGCACAGAGAACAGGGGGUGGGGAGUGCGGACACUAGAGGCAAUCCCACAUGGGACGUUUGUGUGCGAGUAUGCAGGAGAGGUGAUCGGUCUCGAGGAGGCCCGUCGCAGACAGCUUUCCCAGAGAGCCGAGGAAAAUAACUACAUCAUUGCCGUGAGGGAGCACGCGGGCACGGGCUCCGUCACCGAGACGUUCGUGGACCCUGCCGCGGUGGGAAACGUAGGCCGUUUCCUCAACCACUCGUGCCAGCCCAACCUGUUCAUGCAGCCGGUCCGUGUGCACUCAGUGGUUCCUCGGCUGGCGCUGUUUGCCGGACGGAACAUUGAUGCGCAAGAGGAGCUGACGUUUGACUACACGGGUGGAUACAGUAACCAACUCCCCGUAGAGCUGCUGUCCACACAAAGGGACGCUGACAUACAGGCCAGUAGGACACAUGGGCUCCAGAGGAAAGAGUGCCACUGUGGUGCAAACAAUUGUGCUCAGUUCCUUCCAUUAGAUUUAUCUAUUAUCAACCGGGAAUGAUCAAAAUUUUUGUUUGAUAUCAUGUGUGUUUUUAUGUGAAUGUCAAGAGAAAAGAUUUUAUAUUAAAACUAUCUCUAUUUAGUUAUCUCUCUGCCUAUUUUCCGCUUCUCCAACAUCUUGGUCAAUCCAAAAACUAAUUAGAAGAAGAUAAUGCAACUGGUUAAUGGCUCCAUGAACACAAUCAGCUGGAUGAGUCAUGUCUGAGUCCAUCAUCGCUUCCUGUGGUCCCGCCAGUAUCUUCCGACGCUCCGCUGUCUCCCACUCAAUGUAAGAUGAUGCAAUGAAAACCAAAACAAGAUUUUAUUUUUCCGAGAGAGUAAACUUGUUGAUGUUCCUGUCCUGUUCUGGUACAAUUCAUUUAAUCUACCAGGGGAUGUUUUUUUC